UUGUGCUGAUGACAGCCAGUUUGAGAUUGGGCCUUUCUAUGGGCUUCCCACGAAGGUGCACAGCCUUCUGCAACAACAGCGUGGCAUUAAAGAGCUCUACGCCUGGCAGCACGACUGCUUGUCCCUGGACUCCGUGAGACGAGGGAAGAAUCUGAUUUACUCUUUACCGACAAGUGGCGGCAAGACGCUCGUGGCAGAGAUCCUCAUGCUGAGGCAGCUGCUCUGCAAGAGAACGGACGCUCUGCUCAUUCUUCCCUACGUUGCCAUCGUCCAGGAGAAGCUUGAAAUCUUCAUAGAGGAAUACGCGGGAAGCAAGGGGCGCAUGCCACCGCGAAAACACCGAAAGAAGAAUUCUCUCUACAUCGCCACCAUUGAGAAAGCCCACAGCCUGGUCAACGCCCUUCUAGAGGAGGGGCGCAUGAAGGAGAUUGGCCUGAUCGUUGUGGAUGAGCUGCACAUGUUGGGCGAAGGUGGCAGCCGUGGGGCCACCCUGGAGCAGACGCUGGCCAAGGUUCAGUAUGCGUCAAAAACAACUCAGGUCAUCGGUAUGAGUGCCACUCUGAGCAACAUCAAGGACUUGCAAAAAUUCCUGAAUGCGGAGUUGUACACUAACGAUUUUCGACCGGUCCAGUUAAGAGAGUACAUUAAGCUUGGAGACUCUAUCUACGAGGUAAACAACAAGGCUCGGUGUCCAGAAGAAAGCUUCAGUUUUAUCCGACUGCUCAGUCACAAGUACUCAAGCGCAAUGCUGAAGACGGACCCAGACCACAUCGUGGCUCUGGUCACGGAAGUCAUCCCCGCUCACUCCUGUCUCGUCUUCUGCCCCACGAAGAAGAACUGCGAGAAUGUGGCAGAGAUGAUCUGCAAGUACCUGGCAAAGACGUUCCUGCGUCACCGCGAGCAGGAGAAACAUGCGCUGCUCGCCGAGCUGCGGGCCGACGGGGAGCUGUGUCCCGUGCUGCGGCACACGGUCCCCUACGGCCUGGCCUACCACCACGGCGGCCUCACGGGCGAGGAGCGCCGCCUCAUCGAGGAGGCCUACUUUGGCGGCACGCUCUGCCUGCUGGCGUGCACCUCCACGCUGGCGGCCGGCGUCAAUCUACCGGCACGCAGGGUGAUCCUCCGCUCCCCCUACAUCGGCAAUUCCUUCCUAAGCCGAAGCCAGUACAAGCAGAUGGUGGGCCGUGCCGGGCGGGCGGGGAUAGACGCGUCGGGAGAGAGCAUCACCAUCGUCAACAGCAGGGACAAGCCCAAGGUGGUGACGCUACUUGUGGAUGGACCAUUUGAAGUUUGCCAGAGUAGCCUGGCACAUGCAGAUGGAAAAGGAGUUCAAAGCCUACUCCUGUCACUCAUUGGCUUGAAGAUCGCAACGGACAUCGACGCUAUCCAUCGCUUUUUGGAGACCACCCUGUUUGGGGUGCAGCAGCAGCAGCAGGAGGGUGGUGGGAUGAAGAAAGUCAGGGAUCUGUGCCGGCACUGCCUGCAGCAGCUGCAGCAGGCGGGCCUGGUGAGGCUCUGCAGGAGGUCCGAGGGAGACGCUGCUGCACCCUCUGAGCAGCUGCUGGAGGUUACCAAGCUUGUGUUCUAA